GUGGAAUCUCACCUACUUGUCAUUUUCGUAGAAUCCUGAGGCAUCCGAAGUUAUCAGAUGACCAAAAAGCACUCUAGCUUCGAAGAUCGCAGCCAUGAAAUCUCUGGCCUUUCAACGGACCAUUUUUAGGGCAAUGGAUUAAAAGGCUAAGAAUAGAAUAACACGAUAGAGUUUGGGGAACCCACCGUCUAAAGAUAAGGCCUCUUGAUUAACGGUCUGGAUCAGAACGUACGGUGGACCCUCACGUACUGAUGCGUCAGCACUUCAUAAUUCCUCCCUUUAUUAAUAAUAGUUCUUUAUUUUGCUUGUCUUUCUCGCUUCCCACCUCCCUCCCUCUCUCUCAGAAAUCUCGAGACAGAAGAAGACCAGAAAAUAAGGCGAUUUUCUAGGGUUUUCUUUUUACAUGCUUUGAGAUCUCCAAUCCUAUUUUCACGCAGAAGAGAAGCCUAAACACCUCAUGCCCAUGAUGAUAUCCCAACGCUCUUAAGUCAGGUCAGAAACAUCAAAAGGAGAUCAGUUUUUUUUGUUUUUUUGGGGGGUUUUAGGGAUGAAAGGAGGUAUACGUUUCAAUGGGUUGAGAGGUAAGCAGCUGUCGCUUACGCUCAUAGCUCUCAUUUGCACAACCAUCCUGCUUUGGGCAUGGCAGAAAACCCCACUCGUCACCAUUCUCCCACCUCAGAAUCGGCUCGAGAUCUUCUCUCCAGCAAUUCUUGCAAGCACUCCGACAGAAUCUACAUCGCUAAAACAGAAGACAAAUGCAGAAGAAGAUUUCUCAUUUGCUCCUGAGGUGAGGGAAACAACAAUGGAAAGAACUCACAAAGCAGGAGAAACAAGAACCGAAAGAACUGACCAGGUAGAAGAAGGUGGUUCUAUUGUUCCGACUGAGGUGAGAGAAACAAGCUCCAGAGGAGCUGACCAGGCGGAAGAAGAUGGUUCUGCUGCUGCACCAAUGGCUUCUGAAGCCACAAGCUCCUCUCAAAAGAUAAAAGAGAGCAUGAAUUUGAUGUCCCCAGAAGAGGAAAAAGUCAUUCAUAAAGGAGCUUGCAACUAUGCCAAAGGAAAAUGGGUUCCAGACAGCAGGCGGCCGUUGUAUUCUGGUUAUGGUUGUAAGCAAUGGCUAUCGGAUAUGUGGGCUUGUAGGUUGACUCAACGGACGGAUUUUUCCUAUGAAAACUUCCGAUGGCAGCCAGAAAACUGUGAGAUGCCAGACUUUGAUGGGCUGACAUUUCUGGAAAGGAUGCGGGACAAGACCAUUGCCCUUGUGGGGGACUCUUUGGGGAGGCAGCAGUUCCAGUCCCUGAUGUGUAUGGUCACUGGCGGGAAUGAGAACCUGGAAGUGGAAAACAUUGGAAAGACAUACGGUCUUGCCAAGGCCCGUGGUGCGAUACGGCCUGAUGGGUGGGCCUAUCGGUUCCCGCGCACCAAUACUACGAUCCUUUAUUACUGGUCUGCAAGCCUCUGCGAAUUGGAGCCUCUAAACCUCUCCAACCCUUCCACCAAUUACGCCAUGCAUCUUGAUCGCCCAGCAACAUUCCUGCAGCGCUACAUCGGCCGGUUUGACGCCCUUGUCCUCAACACAGGCCACCAUUGGAACAGGGGCAAGCUCAAUGCAAACCGGUGGGUUAUGUACGUGGGUGGUGUGCCCAACACCAACAGGAAGAUCGCGGAGAUAGGGAAUGCCAAGAACCUGACCAUCUAUAGCGUCGUGAGGUGGGUGGACUCUCAGCUUCCACAGCAUCCGCGGCUCAAGGCCUUUUUCAGGACGAUAUCACCCAGGCAUUUUGUCAACGGGGAUUGGAACUCAGGCGGGAGCUGCGACAGCACCACACCGUUGGCCGGAGGGAGCGAGGUCUUGAAAGACGAGUCUGCCGACCCAGUCGUGGCAGGCGCUGUGAAAGGCACGGCGGUUAAGCUCUUGGACAUAACCGCCCUUUCGCAGCUGAGGGAUGAGUGCCACAUAUCAAAGUACAGCAUCAAGUCAGCGGAAGGGGUGCACGAUUGCCUGCAUUGGUGCCUGCCAGGCGUUCCGGAUACAUGGAAUGAAAUCCUCGCUGCACAACUAUAGACAAUGACUAUCUGGUGGGACCCACAUCAUUCAUUUGACAGGAAAAGAAACGGUAAGCAUCCAGCAUAUGUCCGAGGUAAUCACUUCACUAUGAACCAAGACCCGUUGUGGAGCUGGAUUCGUUGCCAUGGGGCCUUUUUGGCUUGGAUUUUCAAUCAUUGUUUCGUGUUCUAGCUGAUAAAAA